AUGGCUCCGAAAAAAGCACAAAAGAAAGAUAAAAAUAAAAAGUCCGCAAUAAAACUGAUGGGUCCACCUCCAAAACCGAAGAAAAUACCACCUCCACCUGCUUGUUUUACAAACGAUGAUAUAAUGAGAUAUAAAGAAAUCUUUAGAUUAUACGAUGAGGAAGGGAUCGAUAAGGUACAUAUAGAGUUAAUACCGACGAUGCUAAGGAAGAUAGGAUUAAACCCGAAAACUGCAGAAGUAAAUAAGAUGUAUGAAAUGUUUUUAGAGGAUGAUCUUGUUGAUACGGUAGAGUUUCAUGAAUUUCUGCAAAUGAUAGAAGCUAAAAUUAACUUUGGAGAUGAUUUUGAGAUAGAUAUAACCCGUGCGAUGGCUGCACUAGGACAUGACGACGAAGAGACAGGAUUCGUGGACUUUGAAUUAUUCAGGGAAGAACUUAUGCAAUGGGGGGAACCACUUUUGGAGAUAGAAUUUAUGGAUUGGAUGAAACUGGCCAUAAGGGAUAAGACGUAUAACCAGGAAGAUGGUAAGUUUUGUUAUGAGAAGUUUGUGGAGAACAUGAAUAACAGAGAUGCGCGAUUCUUCAAGGAACCAAUAAACUACUUUAAACUGGAUCAGAAGACCUUAGCUGAAUUGGCUAUAAAGAAGGCGCAGGAACAGAAGGAAGAGCAGGAAAGAAAAGAAGCUGAGAAAAGGGCUCGGGAUGAGGCUAGGAGGCAGAAAAUGAUUGCUGAUGGUUUAAUACCACCUGAUUAA